AUGCUCCGCACAGCCCCGCGCAGCCCCGCGCAGCCGGCAGAGCCCGCGCAACCCGCGCGGCCACCAAAACCCCGCGCGGCCACCAACACCCCGCGCGGCCACCAAAACCCCGCGCGGCCACCAACACCCCGCGCGGCCACCAAAACCCCGCGCGGCCACCAACACCCCGCGCGGCCACCAAAACCCCGCGCGGCCACCAACACCCCGCGCAGCCGGCAGAGUCCGCGCAGCCACCAAACACCCGGCUCAGCUCCGCGCUCAACGCGCAACCCGCGCAGCCACCAAAUCCCCGCGCGGCCACCAAAACCCUGCUCAGUCACCAAAACCCCGCACACCCCGCUCGGCCCCGCGGCCGCGGAGCCUCCGCCCGGCGCCGCCGCCUCCCACGCGGAGCCGCCGGCAGCGGCCCCGGGCAGGGCGGCACCGCCCCGCGCAGCGACCCUCCUCCCGCACCGCCCCAGAUCCGCCCCUGGAUCCGCGCACCGCACCUGGGCCCGCCCCCACCCCGCCAUCCGCUCCCUCGGGCCCUGCGCGUCCCAGCGCGCUGCGUCCCCCGCGCACAUCCCGCCCUCCGCAUCCUCGGUGCGCUCCGCAUCUUCAUCCUCCCCCCCAGCAUCCUUCGCUCAUCUUCCUCCCCCCCCCGCCCCCCGUCCUCCUCCUCGUCUUCCUCUCGCCAGCAUCCUCUCCCGGGGCUCCAUCGCUCCUCCUCCUCCUCCGCCCUCGGAGGGGCUCCAGCUGCCACAGAACUACCCAGGAGGGGCCGAGGGGAGGACUGCUGCCAUCAGCUCCAGAGAAAACGUGGAUUGUCAGCUUUCAGCCAUGUGA